AUGGUAUCGAAAUCUUUCACUCGCCUGUUAAACCCUUCCACCUUCCGACAAGUCUCACUAUCAUCCUCGUCGUGCGCAACUCCCUCUUCAUCCUUACCUCCACUUCGAUAUCACAUCUUCAGAGAACCACUACCAUACCCUGUGGGGUUGGAAUUGCAGAAGGAUAUCAUAGAUGUAAGGUUGAAAGCGAAGAGGGAUGAUCCGGCUGGGAGUAGAGGGAAAGGUGACGUGGUUCUGAUGCUUGAACAUACACCGACAUACACAACCGGAAGACGAGACAAUUCACCAAAUCCCAACGAAUUACACCCAGAGGAGAGAAAAGUACAGAAUGUAGGAGCGAAUUUUUACAUUACCAAGAGAGGUGGUCAGGUCACGUAUCAUGGUCCAGGUCAGUUGGUUGGGUAUCCAAUAUUGGAUUUGAAUGUCAUGGAGACACCUACGAGAUGUUAUGUCGAAUACCUCCAGGCGAUGUUAGCAGAAUAUGCGAAGGAUGAUCUGGGUAUUCAAGGUGUACUGGCUCCUCAUCCUGAAGGUCAUGUAGGAGUAUUCUCAUCACCUACUGAGAAGUUCGCAUCGAUAGGCAUACACCUCUCUCAUCGAAUAACAUCCCACGGAUUCGCCAUGAACAUAACACCCCAGCCUAUCAAAUGGUUCGAUCUGGUGAUGGCAUGCGGUCUAGCCGAUGUCAAAGCUACCUCAUUACAUCAACUCAUCCCACCUUCGAGUAAGGGAGGUUUACCAAGUGUGAGAAACGUGGCCGAAAGUCUGAUACCGAAAUUUGGCGACUUGUUCUCAAGGGGGAUCAUACCCCUUUCGCAAGAUUUACAGGAGGAAGGAGCAGAGGUCAAGCAGAUAUACGAGCUGGUGCAGAAAGCGGAGGAGGAUGCGAAGAUUGUGAAUGAGAAACAGGGUGGUUGGCCAGAUGAACCUGAUCUGUCGAAGAAGGAAUAG